UGUGUGGUUGAAGUAUAAGGUAACAAGUAGUAUCAAGUUAAGUAAAGUAGUAAAUAUAGUUCACGUUACUUGAUCAACUGUAUCAUAAAGGCCUAUCAAGAUACUUUGAUUGUAUUUGUAUCUUAUGAGGGAAGAAAACGGUAUCCACGACGGUUGCUAUGUGUGAUGACGUGCUGCGCUCUGUCCCCGCCCCCUGCUUCUGUGCGGCCAGUACCGGAAGUUCCGUUCCGUCGCGAACUGGGACAGCAAGCGCACCUCUUACAGUGUAUGUGUGGUAACAACAUGUCUGUGCCGCUGCUCGCCGAGGCUGUGACAGUGUCCGGGAUGGAAAAGGAGACUGCAGCGGUGAUAUUUCUUCAUGGUUUAGGAGACUCAGGGCAUGGGUGGGCCGACACUUUGAAGGGGAUCCAGCUGUCUCACGUCAAGUUCAUCUGCCCCCAUGCGCCCCCGAUUCCCGUCACUCUCAACAUGAGGGCCAUGAUGCCCGCGUGGUUUGACCUCAUGGGUCUCAGCCCCGACUCCCAGGAGGACGAAUCUGGAAUCAAGAAGGCAGCAGACAGCAUCAAGGCCAUAAUCGAACAUGAGGUCAAAAACGGGAUCCCCCCGCACCGUAUAAUGCUCGGUGGCUUCUCUCAGGGUGGGGCCUUGUCCUUGUAUACCGCCUUGACCUGCCAGCAUCAGUUGGCUGGCAUUGUGGCCCUCAGUUGCUGGCUACCACUUCACAGGAGUUUCCCAUCGGCGUCAAGCGGCAACAAGAACAUCCCGAUCCUGCAGUGCCACGGGGAGAUGGACGUCAUGAUCCCAGUGCAGUUUGGUGCCAUGACGGCAGAGAAACUCAAAUCCAUAGUCAACCCUCAGAUGAUUACCUUCAAAACCUACCAAGGGCUCCCUCACAGCUCCUGUCCUCAGGAGAUGGCAGCUGUAAAGGAAUUUAUCGAGAAGUAUUUGCCCCAAAUUUGACCUCACCUCACCUCAUCCCCACUGUGACCCGCUGAGACACUGACCUCUCACCCGAUCUGCCAUUCUCCCACAGGAAACAGCCAUGAGCACCCCCUCUUCCACACACAUCCGCAAGAUAAGAUGACAAACAUGCAUACAUAUUUAAUAAUCAUAAUGGUUAGAGCCACAUCGCUAAACAAAACACAUAACAGAAAACAUAUGAUAGCACUCAUACUGAAGACACACUGAUUUGAUUCUAACAUAAUUAAGUGCUCACACUUACAAGCCUUUCAGAGGGAGAAACACUGAUUAACACAUUGCAUUCCUUUUUGUUUUAUUAAAGUCUGUCGCUUCUACCUGACCUCGGUUUUUCUUCACUCUUACCUCAUAUUGCUUCAUCCUAACCUCCAGCUGUCAUGUCCUCUAUUGCUUUCACUGACACGCAUUUCCUUCUGUUAUUACAGUGUCAGUUUGUAAGACAUUUAGUGGUAAAUCAACAAUAAGUUUGAGUCAAGAUAACGCCUACCUGAUACUGUCAGCAACCAUCCUAAAGCGCAGUCAGGCUGGAUUUCACUUAAUCAUUUCUAUGUGGAACAAGACAUGAAAUAUUGAUCUUCAUCCUUUGGUUUAAUCUGAUGCUUGAUAGAAAAGGUGGGAUUGACUUCUCAUUCAGGUAAUAUUGGUUGUUUAUAGUCUUGCUUUAUAAUUGCAGGGUAUAAUAAUACAAGCAACCAAGAAGAAGGGAUGCUGCGGUGAGGUGUAAGGUGGUAAGGACAGCGACCCAGAAUUAUGUUGGCGACAAAGUUGAAAGACAGUAAAACGUUUGAUAAAACCCUGCCUGCUCUAUUUCUUGUCCCUUUCUGAUUUUUUUUUUGCCACAAGUAAAUUUUGCCUUGUGAAAUUCAGUCUGACUGCAGCUUCACUCUAGAGUUGGAGUCCCACAGCGACUGACUGACUGCAGUGAGUGCUGGUUUUAGAGCUAGAACAGCUGGUUUCCUACCACCCCAUCCAUUCCACUACCUACCACCCCAUGACUUAUCCAUUGCAGCCAGUCCCGGUCUUGCGUCAGUAAUCAAUCUACGGACGGCCCUUUUUAUUAAAAUACCAACAUUCAUGAGGGCCUCACAUGUUUUCUUCUUUUGUAAUGAGUGUGAUAAAAUAUCUUGAACUAUAUGAAGAAAAUCCAAUUGAAAUAAAAGAAAAAUCAAUUGAUGCUUUUGCCACCAUGUGCUGUUUAUUUCAAAACAUCCACAACUGCAUGUUAGUAACCACUUUAUGUGAUUCUUAAUAUAAAAUUACCUCAGCAGAUUUGCUUCUAAAAAUAAUUAUGAUUGUAGGCUUAAAGAUGAAUGAAUGACGGGAAUGAGUUGCAUGAAAUACAGCAUCACUUUAGAUGGUUGCAGGCCUGCACAGACUGCCCCCCAUGAGUCGCUUCACUGUUCCUCCCAACAACUUUUCCUCUUUAAACAUUAUUCCUUUUCAAGUGUUCCUGUUUCACCAUCAACACCCUUCUUGCCAUUAUUCCAAGUUGAUUUUGUUUGUUUUAAAUUGGGAAAACCUUCCUCCAUAUCUUCUUCAGUGACACCUAACCAAUCCUGACUUUUGUUGACCAUUUAUUCCCAAGAAAAUGUAAGAAAACAUUCACUUUGUUGCCGCGCUUACUGUAACCCACUAUAAUAGAACAUAACAGGUUCACUUCUUAAAAAUAAAACGGCUAUACACUGGGAGGGCUUUGGCAAGAAGUUGUUCUAACCCAACUGAAAGGGGAUUUUACAAGU